AUCCAGUGUGAAUGGACGAAGACGAUGAGUUCGGAGAUCUGUACACCGACGUUCUCCAGCCCUUCAAAUCCUCCGACGUUGCCCCGCCUCCGCCUCCGCCUCCGCCUCCCCCUUCCCACUCUCCGAUUGACCUCAACCUCCAUCGAGAUUCCUUCCCCCGGAAUGGAGCCGCUCCUAUUUCGAGGGUUUCCGACUCCAAAUUAACCUCUCCAGCAAUUGACAAGGACAUGAAAUUUGAUAUCGAAGACGCCGAUACUGAUGCUUUACCUGCUAUUCCUGGUCUUUCUAUGCCCGCUUCCGAAGCGGAACCGCUUCCUGCGUUGCCUACAGAUCGAAGCCCUUCAGGAAUUGGCAAGGCUAGUGAUCGGGCGAUGCGCGGACAGGGUGACGGAGAAGGAGAUGACUGGGAUAGUGACAGUGAAGAUGAUUUGCAGAUAGUGUUGAACGACAGUAGCCGAAACGGCCUGAUCGGAGCUGAGAGAAGAGAAAAUCCGGACAACGACGACGAAGACGAUGAAGAACCGCUUGUUAUUGUGACGGACACCGACCCAAACCAAGCCAUGGAGGAGCAGCUCUGGGCAGAAGAUAGUCUGCAGGCGAGGGAUGGAGACGGCAAAGAUGGAGGCGAGGUUGGGAAGUCAAGUGGAGCAGGAGGUGCGACUGCAGCCCCCAAAACUGGGUAUAUCGGUUAUGGGUAUCACCCAUUCCAUUCUCAGUUCAAGUAUGUAAGGCCAGGGGCUGGCCCAAUUCCUGGAGGUACUGCCGCACCUGCUACUGGAAUCUCCUCCUCAGGUCAAGUUCGUCCACCCGUUAAUGCAGGUUUUAUGGCUGGUCGUGGUAGGGGAGACUGGCAUCCACUGGGAAUGAAAAAUGCUUCUGUUCCACAUAAAGGCUUCCACCUGGGCUCUGGUACGCCUUGGGGUGGCCGGGGAUCUGGUGUUGGCCUGGACUUUACCCCUCCUCCUCACAAGACUAUAUUUGAGGUCAACAUUGAUGGUUUUGAGAAAAAGCCUUGGAGAUAUCCUGGGGUUGAUACCACUGACUUCUCCAACUCCGGGUUGACUGAGGAGAGCUGGAAAGAUUAUUGUAAACAGCUGGAGCAACACCGUGUAGCGACCACAGUGCAAAGCAGAAUUCACGUUUAUGAAAGCGGGAGAACAAACCAAGGGUGUGAUCCAGAUCUGCCUCCAGAGCUAGCUGCAGCAACAGGUGUUCAGGGUGUUCUUGUUGUCUGCUCGAAUCUAGUCAAACCAGACGCUAUUCAAGGUGAUUCAACGAAAGGACCUGCAUUGCCGCUACCACCUGGAAGACCAAUACUUGUGGAGGCUGGUUCUGGUGAGCGUCUACCAUCGAUUCAUGCACGUGGGCCUCGGAUUCAUGAUACAGAUGCUAUAAUCGAGACUGUCUACCAGGACUCGCAUAAGGACGAACCCUCAACUGGAAAUGGUGUGGAUCAAGCGGGCAAUAGUCUUCCUGAAGAAAAUCUAUUAGGUGAUGUUAACACAUGCUUCUCGAUUUGCUCUCCUUGGAAAUCUUCCUCCUCUCUCCCACGAAGCAAAGUUCUGAUCAGAAACCCUAGCUUCUCCUCUCGCUCCAAAAUCAUGCGACUCCGUCCCCAAAUCUUCGUCAAAUCUCCGUUCAAUCAUCAAUCCCUGGCCCUGAGAUUGGAUCCAACCCAUUCUCUCGUAACCGUAAGUGCUCUCCAUUCCUUACUCGAAUCAUCGCACCGUCAAUCAUUGUCAGAUUUCUGCUUCGUCCUCAAUGGGAAGCCUUUGGAUAUCACUUCCCGGAUCUCUGUUUCCGAGAUUCCUCCUGUCUCCACUCUCACUCUGUACCCUCGCCACCGUGCCGGCGGAGGCGACGGCGGUGCCACGGGUGCCGAGUCCCGCGACUGCUACCUCAACAUGUACGCUGAGAAGAAGCCCGAUAAGGUCGACCCGAACGAGCAGAGGCUCUCCAAAUGGCUAAACUGUGCUCUGUCGAACGAGCCUCUCACUGAGCCUUGCGUCACCGAUUUCCUCGGCAACGUCUUCAACAAAGUACCGCUGGUUGAGGCCUUGGUCUCCAAGAGGUUGCCGAAGCAAUUCUCGCACAUAAAGGGGCUCAAGGACAUGGUCAAUAUCAAAUUCACCCCAAUCACUGAUCAGUCCACCAGAGACGGUUCUAGUGCCCAGUUCCAGUGCCCGGUCUCAGGACUCGAGCUCAACGGGAAGUACAAGUUCUUGGCACUGAGGGGUUGCGGACACGUGCUUAGCGCCAAGGCCUUGAAGGAAGUGAAGUCUUCUUCCUGUUUGGUCUGCCAUACGGAUUUCACCGAGUCAGAUAAGAUACCAAUAAACGGUAGCAAGGAGGAAGUGGCCGUCUUGAGGGAGAGGAUGAAGGAGGAGAAAGCCAAGAAAGGCGCGUCGAGGAAAAGCGCAUCGAAGAAAGGCAAGAACGGUGAAAAUGCAGUGAAGCGAGGACACGAUAAUGACAAUGCCGGGGAUGGUGCUGCGGUAAAGAAGUUUAGAGCUGGGGAUAUGGCUCCGGCCAAUGCUACCAAAGAGGUGUAUGCUUCGAUAUUCACUUCAUCUAGAAAGUCGGAUUUCAAAGAGACUUACAGUUGCAGGUCACUGCCCCUCGGUCGGAAUUGAUUUGAUUUGGUGUUGAUCUCGUUUGGCUUGAGAUGUUCCGCUCACGUUUUGCUCGUUUGCUUACCAUGUAACUUCUUGCACUUUAAAAAACAACCCAUAAAUACGUGAAAUCUCUUGUUGUUCCAUUGUGUAAUAAACUCUUCUAGCGAUGAACCUGUAAUCUUCAAUCCUAAAACUGGAAAAAUUUUGUACUUUACAUGAA